UCCACCGCCGCGCAGGGUCCGAGCGCGCACAGGGCGCAGAGGCGGGUCGGCGCGGGCGGCGGCGGAGGGCGCGGGGAGCGGCGGCGGGAGCGCGUGACCCACCGCUGGUACCCGCGAGCCCGCGCCCCGCCGCGCCGGCCUAGCCGCAUGAUGCGCGCCCCGCCGCUACUGCUGCUGCUGGCCGCCUGCGCGCCUCCGCUCCGCGCCGAGGCCACCCCGACGCUGGCGAGCUGGGAGCCGGCGGCCGAUGCGCCCUGGUGCCCAUACAAGGUGCUGCCCGAAGGCCCGGAGGCGGGCGGCGGGCGCCUGUGUUUCCGCAGCCCCGCACGCGGCUUCCACUGCCAGGCGCCCGGCUGCGCGGCGCACGCCUCGGCCAGCCGCUCGCUGCGCGCCAGCGUGCUGCGCAAUCGCAGUGUGCUGCUGCAGUGGCGCCUGGCGCCCGCCGCCGCGCGGGGCGUGCGCGCCUUUGCGCUCAAUUGCUCGUGGCGCGGGGCCUACACGCGCUUCCCCUGUGAACGCGUGCUGCUCGGCGCCUCCUGCCGUGACUACCUGCUGCCCGACGUGCACGACGGCGUGCGCUACCGCCUGUGCCUGCAGCCGCUACCGCUGCGCGUCCAGCCCGCCGCCCCCUCCCCGGAGCCUGCGGGGCCUGCUGAGUGCGUGGAGUUCGCCGCUGAGCCGGCCGGCAUGCGGGAAAUCGUGGUGGCCAUGACGGCGGUGGGCGGCUCCAUCUGUGUCAUGCUGGUGGUUAUCUGCCUGCUGGUGGCCUACAUUACGGAGAACCUCAUGCACCCGGCCUUCGGGCGCCCGGGGGGGCUGAGAAGGCAGCCCUGAAGUGCCCGCCCGCGUUUCCCGCCUCGUUCCUGCUCCUCCUUAGCAUCUCCAUGCAAGGCCUGCUGGACGCGAAGAGGACUGGUCCACAUGGGGCUAAGGAGUCAUCGGGCAUCUGCCCCAGCUUCCAACUCCAGACUGGCCCUGGGCCUAUGCAGAGGUGCUGGCUCAGUCUAGGAUCACCCAGUCCCCUGGAAGCAUUUAUAUGGGCGACCUGGACACCACCCUGCUAGAAGAGCCACUGGCACCCCCAGGUCAUCACGUUGCCCCGCCAGCCUACGCCAAGCAGGCUGUUGUCAUUGCUCAGUCACUGUGCGCUUGGCCGGCUCAAGGGGGUCCUUGGAAUCUGUCUCUUCUUCCAGCCCCACCCCAGUGGACUUAGGUUAGCUUCGUGCCUUAGUAUCUGGAAACUACUGUGGCCCGGAGACCAGCCUGCCUGUGCCUGUGCCAGCUUCCGGCCCGAGUGCCCCAAGGCCACCUGCUAGCUCUGUGUUAGGGAGCAGGGCUCGCAGCUGCUUGCUCUCCCUUUGUUGGUGUGUUGGACAAGCCCGCAGCCAGGAUGGAGUGCAGCAGCUGGCCCAAAUGCUGUAUCCAGGGGCAGAAGUGCGAGCCCUGGCUGAGGCUGCUGCCCAUCCCACCCUCCAUCUAUCUGUGCCCCCAUGGGUGGGGAGCACAGACCUCCUGCUUCCCUGAGCCCUUGCUGUGACCUCCCUGGACCUGGCACUCUGGAGUCACAUGGCUGAGUCUUCCCCACCCCACCCCCAGCAGCCACUAGCUGAGCCCAGGCCCUGACUGAUGGCCUGAAGCACCCACUCCCUACCUCUCUUGUCCUUCCCUGCUCUGCCCGCCCCUGGUGUGGUGCUGGCAGGUGUGAGCCUAGCUCCAUGUCUAAAUGUUCAUCAUUCCUAGACCGAAA